AGGAAUAAACUUUUACCUUAACCCACGAAUUUGAGGGCCUUAUCUCAGUUAUCUGCUUCAACUCUGUUCUUUCGUUGCCACCAAGAAGUUGAGAACUGAGAAGAACUCACUCUCCUUCUUCGACCUUGAGAUUUUGAAUGGCGCACUCUCUUUGUUUUGCUCCUAUUUGUUCCUUAAAGUCCUCGAACCGACCAGGAGUAGUUACUGGAAAUUCGGUUGUUCGAAAAGCUUUUCCGAUAACAGAAGCAUGCCAGAAUGCUAAAGCUCGAAAAUUUCAGUCUUUGGAGGUUAAGGCUGCGGAAGACAACAGUCAAAGCACCACAAAAACAAAGACCAUUGUUUGUCCUGACUGUGACGGAAAUGGUGCAAUCUUAUGCACUCAAUGCAAAGGCACUGGAGUUAACUCGGUAGACCACUUCAAUGGACAAUUUAAAGCUGGUGGAUUAUGUUGGCUAUGCAGGGGUAAAAAGGACAUCUUGUGUGGAAAUUGUAAUGGGGCUGGCUUCAUUGGUGGAUUCAUGAGCACAUUUGAUGAUUAGAAGAUUGCCUACAUUGAAUUUUUGAAGAUUCCCCAUGGCUAAAGGAAGAGAAAAGCAAGUUGGAAUCCGUUUGUUCAUUUUCUUUUUUGUUGUAUGUGUGAUCAAUGUUAUAGUACUCUACAGCUGUGACAAUAAGAUUUUGUUUGAGUUCAUGAUUGUUCCUUGGUCGAUUAAAUAAACUUCAGGUUCUGUAUAAUUAGUAUAUGCAAUUUGGAAGAUGUUCAAUUGAUAUUUGAUAAUCACUUUUCAAUGUCAGACUAAUAGUUUGAA